CCCUCCCCCACCCACACAGCAAAAACAGUGAAAGGGAUAGCACGAAGUCAGAGAUUGGUCUCAGUUCACCAAGGGGGGCGGUGUUGGGAGAAGGGAUAGGCCCUCUAAUAGCCCUGCCAGGCCACGGUGAAAGGAGGGAAAGAAAAACACGUGAAUGAGAAGGAUGGGGUCAGGACACCAUGGCAAGAAUGCCCCAACCCCAACAUGAAGUGGGGUUAGAAGGGACGGUGGGGGCCGACCGACGGUUCACACCGUUGCGGUAGAAAAGCGCAGGCUGGUGACCGGACUGGGCUGAGACGGAGAUGAGGCCCAUCCCACGCUGGAGGCUCAUGUCUUUCCCAGCGCCCAUCAGGACACCAUCGCAAAGAUGCCCCAUCCCAACUCGAGGUGGAAAAUGGCGGGCUGGGCGACUGAACUGAGAGAGGCACCUUCGCAUGUGUCAGGAAAGGAACACAAGAAUAAGUGGGAUGGAAAGGCCUGUUUCCAUGCGCUAAUGCCUGUAUGACGCUGAGGCCUGUAUGACGCUGAGGCGAUGAGGAUAAAUCGACGAUCCGGGACUCAUCAGGACACUGUCACAAAAGUGGAGGCUGCUCCCCCACUGGGCCGGAAGGAGACAGGGACCUUUUGGAGAUGUUUUCGAGACGGGAGGAGACGCUGAUUGUCGCCUUGCUGCUCUUGCCCAGACCGAGUGAAGGGGGAGCUAGACCUGGUCGAAUUUGCAUUUCGUUCCGGAGGAGCCAGGAUGGCGGCCGGGGUUUGGGGAAUGAGACAGUGAGGUGUGACGGGCACAGCUACUGUUUCGGGAUCUGGAGGGUGAACAGUCAUGGAGAUGUGGAGCCCGAUCACCAAGGUUGCUGGCCACCCAGCCAUGUUCUCUCCUGCAACACCAGCUGUACAGACACCCCAGGCAAAUCCCAUCCCUUCUACUCCUGUUGCUGUAACACAGACCUGUGCAACGCUGUGCCUCCGCGACUCGCCGCCCGGCCACCCAGGACCCCAAAGCGCGGUUUCCUGACGCUGGUGCUCUGCCUGCUCGUGAUCCUCAUCCUGUCAACGUCCCUCGCACUGUUCCUCAGGUCAGCCGAAGUGCGGAAACAGUUGAGAGGCUGUUUUCUCUCUCAUUCAACGUCUCCACAGAUUGAGAAGGGGAAUGAAUUACCUGUUGAGCUCAUUGAGGUUAUCGGCCAGGGCAGGUUCGGGACGGUGUGGAAGGGUUUGCGAGCACAGACGGUGGUGGCAGCGAAGGAAUUCCAUGCCCGCCACCGCCAGCAGUUUCACACCGAGAUGGGAUUGAUCUCCUUGCCUCUGAUGGAGCAGGGAAACAUCCUGAGGUUUAUCGAUGCGGGAGUGAAGCGGAGUGGGGAAGCCGUGCGAUAUUUCCUGGUCACCGAGUAUCAUCAACAGGGAUCUCUGCAUCGCUACCUCACCAGGAACUGCAGCGAGUGGGCGCAGUCUGUGCUGCUGGCACAGUCUCUCAGCGCAGGCCUCAGCUUCCUGCACACCGAGCUGUGGCUCAGAGGUGAAUACAAGCCAGUGAUAGUUCACCGGGACCUGACCAGCCACAACGUCCUGGUGAAGGAGGAUGGGACCUGUGCCAUCGCCGAUUUCGGGGAAGCGAUUGCCCUGGGCCGGGGGGCGUACCAGGAGGGAUGUGCUGCCCUGGAUCGGCUCUACACGGUGGGCACGCACCGGUACAUGGCCCCGGAGAUCCUGGAUGGUUCCAUUGACCUGAAGGACAAAACCUCCAACCUGAAGCAGGCAGAUGUCUACUCCCUGGCUCUCAUCCUCUGGGAAAUCUUUACCAGGUGUGCGGAGCUGUCACCAGAUGGGUCCAAACUGGAUUUCAAAGCAGCCUUUGAGGAAGAAGCUGGGAUUAACCCCACGUUUGAAGAGAUGGUGACACUUGUGUUAAAGCAGAGGGAGAGACCAAAGUUACCAUCCAUCUGGAACCAACAGCAACCGUGGCUAUCCGAGACCCUCCAGGAGAGCUGGGACCACGACCCAGACUCUCGGCUGACCGCUCACUGUGUGGAACAGAGACUGAGGACCGUGGCUGGAGAGACACUGUGGGCCAAUUCUGGAUCUGCGGCUGGAGACGGGGCCGGAGAACAGGGAUAAUUCCAGGUCCCCAUCUGGUUUACUAGGAAAAGGGAUGGAUCCCCUCUCCUGGGACCCGUCCGCUCUCCCAUAUUCCCAUCUACCACACAGCUCCCAGAUUGAGCAAAUGGGGAAUUGCUUUGGCCCCAGCCUGUCUUUUUCUGCGGCCAACACCCGCUCCCUCAGACCCUCUGCAGGCAUCUAUCAGAUCGUCACUUGGACUCUCCUGGAGAACAGUCAGCUUUGGACAAUCUUGGUCGCUCGGUAUCUCCCUUGUUUUAUAAAAUAUAGCCAUUUGUCAUGAGCUU